AUGUCGGUGUUGGUUUUUAGUGGUGAUGUUGUUGUUGGUGUUGAUGUCGGUGUUGGUGUUGGUAUUGGUGUUGUCGAUGAUGUUGGUGUUGAUGCUUGUGUUGAUGUCGGUGCUGGUUUUGGUGUUGAAGUUGGUGUUGGGGUUGGUGUGGAUGUUGGUGUUGGUAUUGGUGUUGACGAUGAUGUUGGUGUUGAUGUCGGUAUCGGUGUCGGUUCUGGUGUUGGGGUUGUUGUUGGUGUUGAUGUCGGUGUUGGUGUUGAUGUCGGUGUUGGUAUUGGUGUUGUCGAUGAUGUUGAUGUUGAAUUUUUUUUUAGUGGUGAUGUUGUUGUUGGUGUUGAUGUCGGUGUUGGUGUUGGUAUUGGUGUUGUCGAUGAUGUUGGUGUUGAUGCUUGUGUUGAUGUCGGUGCUGGUUUUGGUGUUGAAGUUGGUGUUGGGGUUGGUGUGGAUGUUGGUGUUGGUAUUGGUGUUGACGAUGAUGUUGGUGUUGAUGUCGGUAUCGGUGUCGGUUCUGGUGUUGGGGUUGUUGUUGGUGUUGAUGUCGGUGUUGGUGUUGAUGUCGGUGUUGGUAUUGGUGUUGUCGAUGAUGUUGAUGUUGAAUUUUUCCAUUGUAUUCUCUUACUAAUUCGGCGCGAUAUUUAA